AUGCUAAACCCUGUUUCUAAUUCUCACUCUCCCACUUCAACUUAAAGAUAAUUUUAUUAGACUUCAGGCCCUUUGAAAGGAAUCCUAAAAAAUAAAUCUCUAUAUGGAGAUAAUCAAGACAGAAAUUCAUUGUAAGGAGAUAAGAACGUGGAAGAUGAACUAAUUGAAUAAUCAUUUUUAUCAUAAGGAUCCUUUCAUGCACACAAAAAUUCAAAUAGUUAAGUUGGUGCGUAGAAAUCAAAUAUAAUUAAACAAGCAUCUAAUAAAUUUGGGAAAUUAAACAAUGUAUGGAGAAACAAAUCUUUAAAUAUUAUAUAUUAUAUAUCAAAAUUCGCAAGAUAAUUGAAAACAAGUGCAAAUAAAAUAAAAUUUAAACUAUUAACAAGAAGGAUUCUGGAUCUCAUUCGGGACUUGGGAUCGGAUACUGAUGAGUUGCUUAGACAGAGAGAUAAUUAAUAUCAUAAAAAAACGGUUAAAACUAUAUAAUGCAUCGAUAAAAUGUUGAAUAAAAUACAAUAUUUGCCUAUCAUUGAGCCUGACUCAAUUAUUAAAUUAACUUGGGAUAUCAUAGUACUAUUAGCAAUCGUUAUUAAUAUUGUCUACAUACCAUUAGAAUUGAGCUUCUCAGUUGAUAUGGAUUAAAUGACUUAAUUAUGUUUAAACACACUUCCUUCGUGGUUGUUCGUAGUGGAUAUUUUUGUUACAUUACAAACAGCUUAUUAUGCAAAAGGAAUUAUACAUAGAAAUCAAAUAGAAAUCUUUAAGAAUUACCUUAAGGGAGGAACAUUAAUUCUUGAUAUCAUAAUAGUAAUCCCAAUCUUACUUUCAUCUUUGAAUUUUUCAUUUUUUAAAUAUGCUCUACUAUUGAGAAUCUUUAGAUUACCAAAAAUAGCAGGCAAUAUAGAAGAGAUUAUCAAUCCAAAUCAACAAGUUAAGGCAGUAAUCUCAUUAAUUAAAUUGAUAUAUUUCAUUUUAAUAACCUGCCAUUUCUGUGCCUGUAUGUGGGCAUUUUUAGGAGAAACUUAAUUAGAAUAUGGACUGCAUUCAUGGAUUGCUCAUUAUCAAAUUGAUGAUUCCGAUUGGAGAAUUAAAUAUAUUUAUUCAUUUUAUUAUUCUGCAAUUACAACAUUAACAAUAGGAUAUGGAGAUAUAACCCCUCAAACAAUCCCUGAAAAAAUAUAUACUAUAUUUUUGGCCUUAUUGGUUUGUGGUGUAUUAGGAUACAGUGUGUCAACUGUUGGAGAGAUAAUUAAAUAACUGCAAGAGAAAAAUUAAGUGUUUAAAGAAAAGAUGUCAUUGGUUACUAAUUAUGUGAAGAGUCGAAAACUAAACAAACAAUUAUAAUUGCAAGUGAGGAAAUAUUUUGAGCAUUAUUUAUAAUUAGAAGAAAAGUCCUAGAUUGAAGCAGAAGAAUUGAUGUAAAAAUUGACAGUUGAAUUAAAACAGAAAGUAACAUUUGAUUUAUAUUGUUCCAUACUAAAAUAAUCUAAAGUGCUUUAGAAUUUGUGCGAGUCUUGUUUAUAAAAAUUAUGUUUGGUGGCACAUGAAUAAAAAUUUGCACCUGAAGAGAUCAUUUGGAAAUAAAAUGAACAAGCAUCCAAAUUAAUUUUCUUAGUUAAAGGCAAGUUAGAAUUGAUGGCCAAUGAUAUUGUCUUAAAAAGUUGGAAAAAAGGAGUUAUUGGAGAACGAGAAUUUGCUUCAUAAACAACUUACAUCACAUAUUUAAAAGCCUCUAAAUUCUCUUAAGUAGUGUAUAUUGAAUACACAGAUCUUCAACACAUUUUGGGAGAUCAUUAAGAAGAUCUUGAAAAAAUCAAGAUGCUACAAGACAAUCUGAUAUUUAAUGAAAAUUAUAAAACUUUUGGAAAUGUUUGUGAGGUUUGUGAAUGGACUCAUUCAAUUGAGAAAUGUCCAUUUGUAUUUAUAAAAGUUAAUAAAACAAAAAUUAUGAACAAAUUUAAAGAAACCAAAGAAUAAAAUCGAUUAUUUUCAGAUAGGAAUAUAUUUAGAUAUACUUCCAGAAAAAAAAUCAGUGAUAUUUAAGAGUGUGCACUGGCGAUGAUAAUAAAUGAAAAAUUUAUUCAUUAGCUAGAUAUUACUGAUGCUUAUUUACAACAAUUAGGAUUUGCAUUAGAUGUAGAUGAUUAAUAAAAUGGCAGUGGAUAAUAAAGAUAAAAUACUUAAAGAGAGUAGACUGCUCUAAAUGAUACUUUUACUGUUAAAAGCAAUACAAAUAGAGAUAAUAUUAGAAAAUAAAGCGAUAGCUUUUCUAAUGAUGUAUUGACUUAUAGUGGUUAAAUGCCUCCAAUUGUUCCUCAUCAAUCAAUCCCUUCCCCUUAAAUAUCCUAGAAAUUAAGCAUAAAUAAAAAAAAGGAUAGUUAGUCAAAUGCGAAAUAAACAGACAACACCCCUAUCUUAAGAAAAUUAAAAAGGGAAAAUUCUUAAAAUAUUGAAAGAAGAAUUUAAUUUGUGUAAUCGUAAUUAAAUGAAUCGAAAGAAUUAAGAAAAAAUUCUAAACUUGAUAGUUGGAGAAGUAUUGAUUAAAAUCUAGGAAUUACAUCUAAUAAAAAAAUAUCCUAUACAAGUUAGGCUAGUGUAAGCUUAUAUAAACAAAAAAGCUUAUAAAAAUAAAUUAGUCUAGCUGCUAGUCCUAGGAAAAAGAAGAAUUCUUCAAGCGUUGCAGGCACUCUAAAUUCAAGAACAUCCAAAGCUCAAUAUGUAAAUUCUAAUGAAAAUGAAGAUAUGGUCAUAAUUAUGGAAGAGGCUGAAGAAAGGACAGUUGAAUACUGUGAUUUUGAUCUUGAUAAGUAAUUCAUUAUGGCAAUUUAUUUUCCAAUAUUUAAUUAUGACGGAAUAAUUAAAAAGAUUCAGCUGUAGUUUUAAUAAAAGCAAAUAUCCAUAAAAGCAAGCAUGAAAAAAUCAAAAACCUUACAACGACUAAUGAACGAUGAUUGA